UGACAUUUGUGUUCCGUUAUUAACAUUAAUAUUCGCGGAACGCGAUAUUCGGGUGAAUGAUUUUAGUGCGUGCGGGCAGGCGAGGUCUCGGCAGUCUCGUCCCUGCCUUUGCGUCAAAGGAAAGGAAAAGCGUGCGUUUCUUCUCGGAGGCUCAGGAAAAAGGAUCUUCCUUUCAGAUCGACUUCCCGAAUUGCAUUGGACACUGCUGUUCCUCGAGGUCGGAAUCGGACAAGCUACGACAGCAAAUUCACAAAUUCAUCAAAAUCAGAAUGAAAAUUUCCAACAUCCUGACAAUGAAACUGCCCAACUAAUACUCAAAAACUUAAGUUCUCCAAACGAAUUAAUUGCACAAGAUACAUUUCGACUAUUAGAGGACAAUAGAGACAGAGAGGAAUUAAGAUUGCUACUUCGAAGUUGGAAUCAAGAAGAAUUAGUGGAUCAUCUUCUAAGGGAGAAUGUUGUAAUAAAAAUACUUAAAAUCAUAAAGCAGCAUCAUAUCGAAAAACUUCUGAAAUCAUUCGAUCUUGGCACUCAAAUAUUAUUCGAAGAUAACUUGGAGAAGUGGAGAAAUUCUUUAAACCUUCCGCUGGAAACACCAAAUAUGAAUUUUUCCAACUUAAGCGGACCACCAUCCCCAGCUCUAUCAACUGAAUCUGAUGUGCCUUCGACAUCGAGAUCUCAUUUUUCACCUUAUAGAAGAUCGUCAACUCCAUCAGACGAAACUACGGACAGACGGAAAAUUAUAUAUUAAACUUGCCAAUUUAAAAUCUUCUCUUAAAACAGUAGUUGAAAAACAUAUUUUGCCAAAAAAAAACCAGAAAGUUCAAAACUAACUCAACGGAAUCAGAAAAUCUUUGUUCCAGAAAACGAUGCGGAAAGUUGCAUUAAUGCACUCAAAUUUGACAACCUGACAUCAGAAGAAUUUGACAACUGUUGGAAAGCAUGUGGCCAACACCGAUUAAAAGAAAUAAACAGUGCUGCAAACACGGCAACUAUUUUUGAAAAGUGGCCCUUCUAUAAAAAACCAUCUGGCUUUAGAUUGAUUGACAUGGAUUUUAAUGUCUUAUUUGACACGAGAAAUGGUCUGUUAAAUAAGUGGGAAAGUUGCUUAAAUAAUCUUACAUCGUUUUUGUGCAAAGAUAAUCGCAUGUAAAAGAUAAAUCCAUAAAAGCAUACCUACAAAUGUUAAAACAGGAGACACUUUCUGAAAAUGGUCGUGAUGCAAUAGUUUUUUGGAGCCUCCACGGUUACUUGGUUCCAACCAACAAAAUUGUGAAAAAAGAUUUGACUGGCAUAAAAAG